UUAGCAUGGGUAUGGUCAUGAUCAAUAACUAGGUAGACUGUUUGACCUUUGUAAGGUCUCAUUUGGCUCUGGGAUUCUACGCCUCUUUCCAUUUUCAGCAAGGUUUCAUGUUAAGAUGGAUGUUUAAAAGAGCACAGAAAAGAAGAUCUGAUGUGAUGUGGAACUUUUAACAGCACUUUGACUACUUGAUAGGCUUGGGAACAUAACACACGCAUAAGACAGAGUCCUGGCUUCAAGAUGCUUAUAACUUUGUGAUCGACCUAAAGGAAGCAUGAUUGUAGAACAGUUUGGUGUUUAUGAGGUAUUUUGAUUUGCCCGGAAACAGGACAACUAAUGAGUAUGGCAUCCAGGAGAUUGUUUUUCUUGCAAGACUAUUGACUGCCCACCAUUCCUUCUGCUAAAUAAGAUGAGUAGGGAAGACCUGUUGCAUUGUGCCUUAGCUGGACCAAUUAUUGUGGAGCCACAUGUCACAGCAGUAUGGGGAAAGAAUGUUUCAUUAAAGUGUUUAAUUGAAGUAAAUGAAACCAUAACGCAGAUUUCAUGGGAGAAGAUACAUGGCAAAAGUUCACAGACUGUUGCAGUUCACCAUCCCCAAUAUGGAUUCUCUGUUCAAGGAGAAUAUCAGGGAAGAGUCUUGUUUAAAAAUUACUCACUUAAUGAUGCAACAAUUACUCUGCAUAACAUAGGAUUCUCUGAUUCUGGAAAAUACAUCUGCAAAGCUGUUACAUUCCCGCUUGGAAAUGCCCAGUCCUCUACAACGGUAACUGUGUUAGUUGAACCCACUGUGAGCCUGAUAAAAGGGCCAGAUUCUUUAAUUGAUGGAGGAAAUGAAACAGUAGCAGCCAUUUGUAUCGCGGCCACUGGAAAACCCGUUGCACAUAUUGACUGGGAAGGUGAUCUUGGUGAAAUGGAAUCCACUACAACUUCUUUUCCAAAUGAAACAGCAACGAUUAUCAGCCAGUACAAGCUAUUUCCAACCAGAUUCGCUAGAGGAAGGCGAAUUACUUGCGUUGUAAAACAUCCAGCCUUGGAAAAGGACAUCCGAUACUCUUUCAUAUUAGACAUACAGUAUGCUCCUGAAGUUUCGGUAACAGGUUAUGAUGGAAAUUGGUUUGUAGGAAGAAAAGGUGUUAAUCUCAAAUGUAAUGCUGAUGCAAAUCCACCACCCUUCAAAUCUGUGUGGAGCAGGUUGGAUGGACAAUGGCCUGAUGGUUUAUUGGCUUCAGACAAUACUCUUCAUUUUGUCCAUCCAUUGACUUUCAACUAUUCUGGUGUUUAUAUCUGUAAAGUGACCAAUUCCCUUGGUCAAAGAAGUGACCAAAAAGUCAUCUACAUUUCAGAUCCUCCUACUACUACCACCCUUCAGCCUACAAUUCAGUGGCAUCCCUCAACUGCUGACAUCGAGGAUCUAGCAACAGAACCUAAAAAAUUGCCCUUCCCAUUGUCAACUUUGGCAACAAUUAAGGAUGACACAAUUGCCACGAUCAUUGCUAGUGUAGUGGGUGGGGCUCUCUUCAUAGUACUUGUAAGUGUUUUGGCUGGAAUAUUCUGCUAUAGGAGAAGACGGACGUUUCGUGGAGACUACUUUGCCAAGAACUACAUUCCACCAUCAGAUAUGCAAAAAGAAUCACAAAUAGAUGUUCUUCAACAAGAUGAGCUUGAUUCUUACCCAGAUAGUGUAAAAAAAGAAAACAAAAAUCCAGUGAACAAUCUAAUACGUAAAGACUAUAUAGAAGAGCCUGAAAAAACUCAGUGGAACAAUGUAGAAAAUCUCAAUAGGUUUGAAAGACCAAUGGAUUAUUAUGAAGAUCUAAAAAUGGGAAUGAAGUUCGUCAGUGAUGAACAUUAUGAUGAAAAUGAAGAUGACUUAGUUUCACAUGUAGAUGGUUCCGUAAUUUCCAGGAGGGAGUGGUAUGUUUAGCAACCACUGAAUGUGACUUAACUAUGUACAAUGUUCAUUCAUACUAGUUGAUCAUUUUCAGAUUGUUCAUACUUUUUCUUGAGGAAGAAUAAGCUUUUUCAAGUUGAUUUUCAAGCUUUUUAUAUUCUAGUCUGACAAAUGAAAAUGUAAAAUCUGAGUUCAGUGUAUCUAAGCUGCUUUACAAUUUUUUUUCAAUGCUGUACUACUGUCUCAAGAUUUAAAUUUUAAUGCAGAGUACUUUAUUGAUGUGAGGCACACAGGUAAGAAGAAAUGUCAAUAUUAAAUGUAUGACUUAUUUGGUACAAAAAUUUUUAAAAAAGGGAACUACCUUGACAUUGUGUAUUAAAUGUUUACCUAAGACAAUAAUCUCAAGUAUGUUUGUUUAACAUAUACCUCUCAAAAUUUAUCACCACUCAAUGACACUGCAUCAAAAUCGACUAUAAAACUAAUUCAAGAAAUAUUUAUAUAUAUUUUUUAAUAUACACAAAAUAUUUAGCCUGAUGGAAUGGCUUUCCUUUUCAAACAUUAUUUUCUAAGUUUCUAUACAAAUGAAAUCUUUACCUCUGCAUAUUAAUGAGCCUUGCCAUAAUUACUGUAGAGUGGCUUUUCAAAGAUAUUUUGUUGCACUAAAACUGUGGUAGUAAACUCAGUGAACAUGAUGUGUGGAAGAGCAUAAUUAGCUGGUCAAUAUUUUUGUCCAGAAUACCUACAAGAGUAAUAAAAUACAUGCCUUUCAAACGUGAUAAUUAUUAGUUUUUUUUUUUUCCUUUCUGGAAAACAAUUCUUACAUUGUCAUGUGAACAUAGAUUUUGGUACAUUAGCAGUAGCCUUAUUUUAAUGCUUUAUGUCCUAAACAUACUAAUAGAAAUGAAAAGAUGCAGAGAGAGCAUUUCAGAAUACUGAGGUACUAGUUUUAGAAAUGAGACAUUUCAGCCAACAAUCUAUAGAAAGAAUUUUCUGGACCAUCUUGUUUUAGUUAUUUAAUGUUCAAACGGGUAAAUGUAUAGAAAGAAAAUUUUAGAGUAAACUUGGAAACAUUGGAUUUAACUAGAAAAAUCUAAAGUAUAGAAUCAAUUGGUAACACUUGCUAAUGGAUAUUGGCAUUCAUCUCCUUUUUCCUCCUAAGUGUAUGUAUGUAUUUGAAGAUUUUUGUUUUUACAAUUAAAACUGGAAACAUGAGAUUUUUUGUUUUUGUUUAUUACAUAAAUUAUGUAUAUUCCUUCUGAAUCGUUUAUCUUUUGAGAAAGAAAUGUUACCUAAACUUCAAAUGUGCUUUUUGUUUGUAAGGUAAUUAAAUUGCUUCUACAGUGGAGUCUUACAAAAUUAUAAUAAUGACAACUAUUUUGAAGCUGAAAAGAUAUGUUUUUGUAUUGAUAAGUCAUUUGAAAAAGUGACUGCUUUGCUAGUGCAAUGAAGUGGAAGUUAGUAGGAGAGUCAUAAAUAUAUUAUUUUGUUAAUAAAAAGGCAAAGUAGUAGGUACUUUUUAAACCCUCCCAACUAGCCAUUUCUCAAUAUUCAUCAAAUCUAAAACAUUUAGGGGGCAAAAUUCUAACAUGUUCAUAGUAUCUUGCAAAUAAUGGAAGGUUUAUUCUGAAGGAUUAUAAACUAGUUUUCUUCAUUAUAACUAGCACUAUUUUGUGGAAAUUAGAAACCUAUUUUAUUUCUCUUCCCAAAAGUAAUACUUAGUGUAAGACUGUAGUAUCAGGUUAAGGAUACAGGUAAAUAAAGUUCACUUAUAUCUUCUUA